AUGAAGGAUGAAUUCGCCAAAGUUGUCAGUUCAAAUCGAGCGCUUCACAACAGAGUGCAUGAGUUGGAAGAAAUGGUACGGAGGGAGUCAUCCAAAGUUGAAAGAAAUAACAAGUGUGUGGAGGAUUUGCGCAACACAGUGGCAUCAAUGGAGCAUUAUUUUAAGCUGGAGCUAGAGCAGCUGCGAAAACAAGAUGGUGGGGUGAAAGAAGCUGGGGAAGGACAUGAGGACCUCGAUACUCCUCAUAUGAAUGAAGGAGGUGACAAUGAAUUGUCGCCAUUACAUGACAAUGUCACUCCGCCCACAAAAUCGGCAGCAAUGGCAACACAAGUCCCCAGUGAUGGAGCCGAACCUUCCGCAGCCAUGGUCACUCCAGUUCCUGACUUACAAGUGCAUGAAGCAGCUGCGCAUGCACAAUCCGAGAAGCUGCCUACCCCGGAAGAUGUGGCCGGGUGUGACGAAAUCUGCCAAAGACUUAUGUUUUUGUUAGAAGAUUGGAAAAUAGCUGACAGAGUGCCAUCGGGAGGUCCGAUGAAUCCUCCAAGUAUACCUACAAUUAGUAUGGCUGCUGAUGAAGAAGGUAGUUUGAGUGUUGAAAAAAAAGAAGUGGAAGGUAAAGGCUGUAGACAGAAGCGCCCGGCCCAGACAUUAUUAAGUCCAUUUACUGAUCCUUUGAGGAAGAAGAGGACAAUGAGUGUGUCGGAUGCGACUGCAACCCCGCCAUGUUUUGAUCCAUCAAAACCGCUGCCCAUUGAAGAUGUGAAGGCAGUAAUAGAUUUUUGCACUGCCUGGAAAAACGAUAUCAGUGUGCAGGUGCAGCUUGAAGCAUUUUCAGUGGGCGCUGAUUUUUUCUACAAACUCAUCGAUGAAACGGCAUGGAUUAGCUCAAGGCACCUGGAAAUGGCAACCUUUCUUAUCCGGAAACGGCAACUCUCUCAUCCGUUGCUAUUUGGAACCGACUGGACAACGGCAGAUUAUGCCUUGCAGCAAUUUCUAGAGCCGUUAAAAGCGACUGGCAAGACACGUGGAUCGAAGAAGGCAGCAGCUUCAAACACCAGUGACCUUCCAGCCAACAAGCUGAAGAAUGUACAUCACUUUGUGCACGGUACGUGGCAACACGGGUAUGCCCAAGCUUGGAAAAAAGUCCGCAGAGUGUAUUUUCCAUAUAAUCUUCGAGAGUCCCAUUGGGUUGCAAUCGAAAUUGAUUUCGUCCGACAUACUGCAACUGUGUAUGACUCAUAUGUUGAUUAUACCAAAUCUUCGAAGCUGGUUACACUUCUGCAACCUGUUAGCGAUACGCUUGCACGAGUGCUGUACAAUAUGAAGUUUUAUGAAGAUUCUGAGGUUGAAGAGGUGAAGCAAAAGGGGCUGCAGAUGUCGAGGUUUACGCCUUUCUCAGUUUGCAUCAUUGGAGGUGUGCCACAACAACGAGAUGGUACGUCUUGCGGAAUCAUGACCGUUCAAUUCAUCGAGCAUCUCAGUGCUGGGCUUUCGGUGCAUAAAAUUGACCCGUCGAAGAUCAAAUAUUACCGACUGAAGCUUGCAAUAGAGGGAUGUACACGUGGAAGCUUUGCUGGGCCUACUUUGGCUCGUAAUCCUGCCUUUUUGCUAGAGCUAGUUGUCUGUGAUGUGGUUCUUCAUGCUGAUGCCAUCCACAGAGGAGGUGGUCAGGUCAUUCCCACUGCUAGGACACUCAUCUAUGCUUCCCAGCUCACUGCCAAGCCAAGCCUCCUUGAACCUGUAUAUCUUGUUGAAAUCGAAGCUCCAGAGCAGACUGUUAGUGGUAUCUACGGUGUUCUUAAUCAGAAACGUGGGCACGUGUUUCAGGAAAUGCAGAGGCCUGGUACUCCACUGUACAAUAUGAAGGCAUACCUACCCAUGAUGAUGUCUGAUCCAUUGGAAGCUGGAUCCCAGGCUUCAGAACUUGUGACAGAUAUCCGUAAGAGGAAGGGUUUGAAGGAGCAAAUGACCCCACUAUCCGAGUUUGAGGAGAAACUUUGA